GCCCUUUUCACUCAUUUCCCUGACUGAGAAACCAUGCGCGCCUCCGGCAUCGUCUCAUUCGUUCUGCUCCUUGCCGGCGUCGCCGUCGCGGCUCCCUCUGAGCCCGUCUGCUCCACGGAGCUGUCCUGCGAGCUCGCCUUCCCCCGCUCCGUCGCCCCCAGCCCAACAGUCCGCUCGACCGAGCGCCUCACCAACGCCCAACGUCUCUCCCGCGGCCUUCCCCUCAACCCGCCCCACCGACGCGGUACCCCCGUCGCCCGCUCCGCGUCCUCGCCGACGCCCUCGGUGACCUACAGCGGCUACAUCCGCGUCGACAAGGCUUCGGACGGCACCACCCUCGGCUACAUCUCCAAGAACGCGCUCAACGGCGACCUGACCAAAUACGAGGCACCGAUCGCCUCCGCCAUGCCCGUCACCUUCUACAUGCCCGUCGGCGCCACCUCCGCAUCCCGGCUCAACAUCUACAUCGGGCAAUCCGGCUUGUCCACCUACACCCUCCUCGGCUUGGUCCAAGGCCGAGAUUCCACCACGCCCAGGAUAGCCUCGGGGUCCUACAACUACCUCUACAUCACCGGCACCGCAGAGACCGCCCCCGGAUCCGCACCGCAGACCGUCGGCAACUCGUACACCACCGUGAGCGGCAUCUCGCGCUACUCCGAAUCGGCCGUCUGGAGCUACGACUCGAGUACGGGCCGGCUCGUCCCGCAUUGGAUCAACGCCGACGGCGCGGAGCCGACGACCGCACUCUGGACGCAGAGCAGCGCGCUCUACGCCGGCGGCGACUCGACCGCGUUCGCCAACCGCUACGCGUCGCCGGUCACCGUGCUCACCUUCACGUUCGUUGCCGCAUAAACGAUCGAUAUCUCCUUGUUUUUUUUUUUUUUGGUUCCCGUUUGCUGGCGUACAUCCGACGCCACGGUCGUUACAAGUGGCUAAGUUAUAGACCUCGGACAGAUGACUAUUCAUCCCUACUGUACCCCCCCUUCCCAUUAGUCGUACGAAUACCGUUUUGCGUAAUCGCACGCACACACACACACGUGCGGCAUUCAUUCCACCUACAUAUUCUCGCCCUUACCCCUCGUCCUCGCCGACGUACGUCCCGCCAAACUCGAUCGCGCCCUCCUCGACCUCGUACCGCGCGAGCGGCGUCCACGCCCACCUCCACGGCGGGCGCGCGUACAGCCGGAUGUCGAACCGGGCCCGGAACGACUCGUGGCAGAGCGUCGGGUCGAAGCCCGCGGCGAGCGGGCCCGGGAGGGUCAGAAACGAGUCCUGCGCGAAUCAGUCGAGGAGCGGUCGAAACACAAGAGCGGGUAACGGUAAGAAAUACAUAAACAAAAAAUGACAGCCGUGUCCUAUACAUACGUGGGGCGCGGUCAUCUCCACGUCGAGCCGUUGCGUCGCGUUCCAGACCGAGACCUUCAUCCACCGUCUGCGCCAGCUGCGUUGGAUGGACAGACCGGGGGCGAUCCGGCCUCCCAGGACGACGGCGCUGCAUGGGCAUCGAGGUUAAUCAGACGAGAGAGAGCCGGUCGGACGCCGGGGUCGAGCGGGAAUAAAAAAGAUCGCACCGGGGAGGUCCAAAGUCCCAUUCGGCGCUCGUCGUCGCGGAAGCCGAGCAUGAGCGCGUCGACGCCGACGAUGCGGCCUCCCGCCAACGCGAGCCUCACGGGCGCGCGCGCGGACCCUUCCGACCCGUCGCGUCCGCCGCCGAGGCAGUGAGCCCACAGCCAGCCCGUCGGGAAACCCGAGCCGUGGUUCUUCUCCAUGUGCGCCAUCCCGCGUCCGCUCAGCUCGUGGUACGUCGCGGCGGCGCGAUGCCCGGUGGGGGCGAGGGCGGUGGUGGUCAGACGCCAGCGCGCGUCGGAGCAGGUCGAGAAGACGUGCC